CUUUUUUUUUUUUUUUUUUUUUUUUUUUUUGUAUCCCGAGUUAACAAAACGUGUUGUGCACAGAAGAAAGCGAUGGUGAAAAGAGAGAAUUCAGUAAAUAUACGUGUAUUCCAGUGGGGGAAGCUAUGGAUUAUGUCUUCAUGAAAAAAAAAAGGAAUACAAUCAAGAUUUAUCACGUUUUCAUAGUGUGAACACGAACAAGCCGAAAAAGAAGCAUCUACAGCAUACAGAUAUGGCCCAGGAGACAAACCAGAGCCCAGUGUUGUGCGCUAUGGGCUGCGGCUUUUAUGGGAAUCCUAGGACAAGUGGGAUGUGCUCGGUAUGCUACAAGGAGCACCUGCAGAGGCAGCAAAGCAGUGGCAGAAUGAGCCCAAUGGGUACUAGCAGUGUUUCCAAUAGUCCUACCUCGGAAGCUUCUGCUAUCCAGAGAAUAGAAGCUAGUUUGAUUAACUCGGAAGCCACUUCUGCCAGCAUGGCUGACACAACAAGAGGUAUGCCAGCAGCUUCCUUGCCUGUAACGCAACAAAUGACAGAAAUGAGCAUUUCCAGGGAGGAAAAAGUCACGACGCCAAAAGCUGAGGCAGCAGAACCAGUUGUAACUCAGCCUACUGCAUCAGCUUCCCACCCCAGUGCACCAGGAAGUGAUGAAGCAAAAGCCCCAGAACUGCCCAAAACAAGGAAGAACAGGUGUUUCAUGUGUAGAAAGAAGGUUGGCCUAACAGGUUUCGGUUGUCGCUGUGGAAAUUUGUUCUGUGGACUUCACCGUUACUCUGACCAGCACAACUGUCCAUAUGAUUACAAAGCAGAAGCCGCAGAAAAGAUCAGGAAAGAAAACCCUGUUGUUGUAGCUGACAAGAUCCAGAGAAUAUAAGGUGUAAAACCUUGUGCUAAACAGUGUGGAUAAAGGACUUUCUUUCUUUUUUUAUGAUUCCGAUCUUGAAAAUCCUAUACAGAGCAGAUGCAUGAUUGUUUGUUUUAGUUUUUUUUUUUUUACUUUUAAAUGUUCUUUUGUUUUUUUGUUUGUGGUGUAUAUUUAUCUUACUGGAUUUAAAAAACAAAACAAAAAAAAACACAACCUGCAGCCCCGGGCAUCGUUUCAGGAGAUCUACAUUUUUUUGUGCCCUCAAACUCAACUAGCUCUCCUCUUGCCUUCAUCGUGCCAAAAGUGGGAUUGGAUAUUCAUCAUAUUCAUAUUCACGGUUUUGCUUCUUUUUGCAAAGCUAUGAAAAUGUUUUUGCUGUUUGAUUGGAUAGCUGUCUAAAUACCAACUUUAUUACUGCUAGUUACAGAGACAGACCUGAGAGAUACAAUGCAUGUUCUAUUCAUCGUUUUACAAUUAUGUUCUGACAAAGGAAAAGCAAAUCUAAACACACAUAAUCCAUCUUUGAUGUCCUUGGCAUCAUUAAUGACAUAUUCAACCAAGCAACAUUUUUAAUGUCACUCUGUUGCUUUCUGAGUUGUCUAACUGUAGCUGAACAAGUAGUUAAACAUACCUUAGUUUAUGUUGUGCCAUAUGUCAUCACUGGUCAAUUUGAAGCGCUACUACCGCUGACCGUGUACAAUAAAAUGAGUAGGCUAGUGACUAUAUAAGAUUGCUACAUAUAACUUAUUGUAGUUUAUUAAUUUUGCGAUGGAUAUUUGAUACCUGAAAGAAUGCCCAGUAGUCUGUCUUUUACUUAGGUUUGGGAGUUGGGUAUUAUUGGGUGUAUUGCAUGGGUUGCAUAGCUACAACAGUGUAAAAUAUCUGACGUGUAGAAAUGGCAAUAUACUUCACUAAUGCGUGUUAAAUAUUUUCAUAUUUGUUUAACAUUAUUUUAUUUAAAUUUUUGUGAUGUCCAGAGGUUGUGCUGAUACGUGUCUAAUGUUUAUGUGUGUAUAAUGGGUAUGUGAGAUGCACUGUCUCUCACUCACUCACGCACACACACAUUUAUUUGUAUACAGUGGGUACAAUGACAGUAGCUAAAGACCAUUUUCUUUGGUUUUCCUUACUCUGGGGUGUCCGUUAAGAUUAAUAACCAAGGUUUUUAAAAACGUGUUCUCACUUCAUUAGCAUAAUGUUUUCAUUAGACCCAUCUUGUUGUUCAUGGUACUUUGACCAGGAUGAAGUUCAUUAGGCUCAACACCAAACGAUUAAUUUCCUGAAUUCCCAGUAAUAUGAACUCCCUGUUCCUGUGUAUUUUUUCGUGUGCCGCAAGAGUCGCUUGCGGCACACAAAUUGUUGUAGGAUCCUAUUGCACGUAACAAAGCAAGGGAACUUUUUAGUGUUUUGACAGGGUUAAUGCGCAAGGAGGCAGGAAGAAAUAACAGGUGAAAAUGAAGUCUUGACAUUUUUUAUUUUUUGAAUAGAGAGAAACUGCAAAAUUCGUGUUGCUAAUGACAGGAUAAUAUGUAUUUUAAGCCUUGGUUAUUACACAUUUAAAUUCCCUGAGUGUACUCUGAAUAAAAUGUUUACAAAGCUUCAGCAACACUAGAAGUGGACAUUUUAAAAUGAAUACCAUUCUAAAGAAUUGUAUUAGUUGUAGAGGUUUAUUUUAUUUUAAUUCUUCGUUUUUCAGAGUCCACUUUAGAUGUCUGAUGGGGCAUGUACCUUUCCUUGUCAAAACCCAGCUGGUUGCAAUAUGAAAGUCUUGGAUUUGACCCCUGUAUACAUGUAUACCUAUAUAGUUCAAAUUAUCAAUGUGGUAACAUAUUCUUGUCGAAUUUAUAUAUAUAUAUAUAUAUAUAUAUAUAUAUAUAUAUAUAUAUAUAUAUAUAUAUAUAUAUAUAUAUACAUAAAUAUAAUAUAAAUUUGGCUGCCUGGCAUCUGUUUGUUUCUAAUAUAGGAAUGUGAGAUUUUGCUUUUAAUAUUUUGUUUUUAUUUUCACUUUUAGUCAUGCAAAUUUGUAAAAAGUGUGUUCCUAUUUAUGUAUUACAUAUAAUCUUGCUAUCCGGCAUUAAUGCUAAAAUGUAUUAUGUAAAUAAAAUGUACAGUGAGAUGUUA